UCAUAAAUGCAAAAUCCACCCGUUAAAACUUUCGAAAAACACUCACACAUCAAACGUGACUUGCGAUGCGAAACCGAUUCGUCUCCGCCAACUACUUCACCGCCGGCAGCUCUGUUCAGAACUUAGACUUCAUCCGCCUCCCUCUCCCUCACCUCCCGCCGCCAAAUAAUCUCUCAUUCUCCCAAAAUUUUCUUCACUUCUUUCAUGCCAUUCCCGUUUUCAACAUUACUUGCGAAAUCGAAAAGCUUCCAAUCGAUCACGCUCGCUCGAAGUUCUUUUCCGACGUCCUUCCUCAUAUCGUUGAUCAAGUUAAUUUCUCGGAACAUGAGAUCCGUAGUCCUAAAGGAAAUUGUACGGUUUUAAUUGCUGAGGAUGAAACUACACCAGAUCAUGGGGGUAGGAAUAUCAUUGACAUUACACAAUUUGAAAUUCCAGAGAUGGACCUCUCCCUGCUUCAAUCNCUUCAUUUUCAUGAUAUUCACUUUCCCCCUUUUGAAGUGGAUGAGGAAAGUCUGGGUAUUGUCAGAAGUAUACAUACGGAGGAUGUACUUCUAGAUUUUGAAAAUAUUGAACCUCAGCAUUGGACAGAACUAGAUGUAGUAUUGAGUGAUGGCAAAGAACUUUUGAGUUCCAUAGAGUUUGACUUAAUGAAAUAUCUAUCAGAGCAUUGUUUAGCAGUACAGUGCCUUGAAGUUGAGUUGCACAGCUCAAAUUUCUCAUCACAAAUGGACUACUUAAAUAUUUUAGAACAACCACAUUAUGAGGAGUACUCAACAUUCCAUCAAGGGAAAGCAGGUGGUGAUAUAAUUGGAUCAGUGAACCCAUGUCUAUUUGAAGAAUUCCAAUUCUUUGAUCAGGAUCCAUCUUAUUCUUGUGAGUUCUUCUCAGAUGCAGCCAAAGAGGUUGAAACAGAAUCAUGUGCAUCCAUGUUUGGAGAAAAUAUGAACUUUAUGAAUUUUGGUAAAUUGAUAGUUUGUCACGAACUUACUCUCAUGGAUGACUCGUUCAAAUCAUUACCUGUGCCUAUUAUUUCUGACCAUGAAAGAAUUAGGUCAUUGCAUUCAAUGGUUGAGCAAAUAUUAGCCCAGGUGGAGUCACAGUCUUCAUCAACAUCUGAUGGUCUAUAUUUGGAUUGGCAUUUUCUUGAGGAAGACAAUUUUGGUAAAUAUUCUUCUUGUAGGAAAAUGCUGUGGGAGAUAGAUACUUACAAGAUAGAUGCUUCUGUGUACUUGAUGGAUAGUAGGAAACAGAUCAAUGAUUUUAUUCUCUCUAAGGAUUGUUCCAACAAACCAAACUCAGAAGACUGCCAGGAAAUGCUGAACUUACCUUCUGCUCGUGUUUCUAUGUUUCAUACUUCUGUUGAUGAAAAAGAUUCUGAUAGUUUGCAUAAUCAUGGAGACAGAAAAAGGUUAAACGGAGACCUGUUACCAGAAACCGGCAUUGAGAAGGUUCCUUUGUUUGUUGAAUCCAUGUCUAGUGAUCUUGAAUUUUUCUUAAAUCCCCGUAAUUAUGUCACAGGAAACGAAAGUAAGCCUGCAGAUAAGUCAGUUGAUAUUAUUACAACGUGUCCACUGCUUUUUUCCAAUUAUGAUUCUUUUGCUUGUAAUGCUACCACUAAGGUUCAACAGCAGUGGAAUGUCAGGUUGCAUCGAGUACAGUUGUCUGAAAAUAUUCUAUUGCUCAUUGAUAAUUUUUAUAAAGUCUUCUUGGCCCUAUUGGAGAAUGACACAGAGUUGAAACAGAGUCAGCAGCUAGGUCAAUCUGGCGAGAACCUGACCCUACUUUACCUUCCUAAAGAAGAACUCAUGGACCUUCUUAAGAAAAAAAGUGCACCAAGUACUUAUUCAGCUCACGACGACAAUAAUAUUAUGUUGUUGAUGAUGUUGUGUGCAAUUAAACAGAUGGCUUACUACCUCUGUUACUAUGGAGUCCAUGCCACAUAUCUAUACAUAGACAGGUUGUGCAGAAGCCUGCAGUGCUUGAAAUCCAGAUUAAUUUGUCUGUAUAACUUGAUCAAAGAUGCGAACGAGAAGGCAGAGAAAGAAAUAUGUGAAAUCCAUCCCUCCCUUUCUGUUGUGCAUGAAAUUUUGCAGACAAAUUUAAGCAGCAGUAGUUUGAAAAUAUUAAUUGUUGCUGACCGAGUUUUCUGGUGGCCAUUGAAGAGACUGUUGACAUCCAUGAAGAUAUCAUAUAAUGAGCUACACCAUUUUUCUGCCCAUGCAAGUCAACAGGGCCUUGAGAUCACAAAAACCGUAAUAAAUACUAUGCUUUCCUCGGAUUGUUGUUUGGUGUCCUUUGAAUAUGUUUCUGCAUCAUUUCCCUUCCGCGAAUUUGGCUUUGUCUUGGAAUAUGGAGGCUCAAAUGGAUCGUCUAUAAUAUCCACCAUCUGCCCAAAGUUAGAUCAGUUGCCCCCUCUUUAUUUUCUCAAGGUGGAACUGGAGGAUUCCAGUGUUUCCAAAGCACUUUCUUGUGGCGUUUACAUAUCCAAGAAUAGUGAAUUUAAGAUGGAUGCAGAUAUUCAUUCUAUCUCUGCUCAAACUGAGAGUAAAAAUAUGUUGGAAGACCUAUUAAACUUUGUGCCUAUCGAGGAGACCUACAACAAUGGACUUGUCAAAGAUGUAAAUGAUGAUGAGGUCUGCUCAAUGAUGCCUGUUAAAUCCAUGCCAGUGCCUCUGGAAUCAAAAGAAAUUAACUCGUGCAAGCCCUUUCCUCACAAUAUUGUCAUAAUUGUGAACACUAAAAAUUUUGACAAAGAAAUGGUCAUAUCCUGGAGAAGAACAUACCAGAGGAUCCUGGCACUGGAGAAAGAAGGAGCACAAGUUGUAGAACGUGAUAUAGAUCUACCUAUUGAUAUUAUAGUUAGUGCUGCCAUUUGCUUAGCAUGGUACGACUGCAGAAACAUUGGAAAGAAAGCUUCUGCUCCAGAUGAAGCCUUUUCAUGCUUGCCUUUGUGCAUUGAAAGCAUUGCAGCAAGUACUUUAACGUCACUGAGUUUUGCUUUUAGUUGCUGCAUCCUGGUAAUAUUAUUGCUCGAUAGUUUGGACUAAUUCUUCUUGCUGUAUUUACUUUGUCAUGAUUUUUCAUUAUCUCGUUGAUAUGAGAAAGAGACUCGAAAUGUUCACUUUCUGGAACAACAAAAAUGUUCAAUAUAUUUUUCUGGACGCAUGUUGCAGAAAAUGCAUUCCAAGUAAUUUCUGCAGAAACUAGACUUGUAGAGCUAUCAGCGUGUGCAUUUUUAUACAACAUGCAUACCUCGUUCUUUCAGAUUGCACAAGGAUAUGAAGUGAUAGAAAGGGAAUAAUAAUCAUCAUGCGGCUAUUUGUUACCAUGUCAAGUCAUCUUAUAUUUUAUUAGAUCGCUCUCAUAAGAGAUGGAAAUAGUUUAUUCUCUGCAAAUAAUAUAUUCCAGUGAAAACCUUGGUCGACAGCUUUGGACAGAGAAAACAAUAAAAGAUUCACAGUUUCUACUUUCUGGUAGCGACAUUAGUCUACUGUUAGAUCAUCGUGAUUUCAAUGGACUAAACCUUCAACAUGCUCUAACAG